CAUGGUAUCAGACACCAUUUUCCGUACCUUCUCGGCUGAGGUUCCAAGCGAGAUGAAGUGAGCCGAGAUGUGACGUCUACAUAGUGCAGGCCACUGAUUGGACAGGAGUGCAGGCCACUGAUUGGACAGGGAGUGACGACACACGAGAGCGACUCCAGCACGAAAACAAAACCGGCAUUUAAAAAAAACUAAACAGAGACGGUGUGCAUUGCUCUUCACAGACCUCUCUGUCUUCAUAAUUUUAAUAUGACAGCCAGACCUGUACUGUGGGUGGAUGAAGAGGUCGAGACUUUUCUGUCUUUGGUGGUGGACCAAAGAAUACAGAGGGAGCUGGACGGAGAAAGUUUAUCAGGAGGUCUCUGAGCGGAUGGCCGCUCACAUAUACAGUAGACUGUAUAUAAAGAGGACAAUGAAGCAGUGUAGGGAGAAGCUGAAAAAGCUCAAAAAUGACUAUUGGUUCACCAAGGACCACAACGGCCGGCGUGGGUCAACCAGGAGGUGUUGGAAGAGGUUUAAUGGAAGCUAUUUACUGGCACCGCACCAGCCAGCAACAGGAGGGAGACUCAGCUGCUGCAUUAUUGGAGACGUUCGAGGACGAAUCCCAUUCGACGUGCGAAGCCUCCUCCACCUCCGUCAUGGAGCCCCCAGCUCCCCUGCCUCUUCUCCACCACCAGCUUCAGGACCAGUACCAGCUCGGACACUGACACUGUCAACAUCAACCUCCAGCACGUCACAGCAACUUCUUAUCUCUGGCAAGAGGAAAAGGUGCAACAGAAAAUUGGACCUUCCAAGCGUCCUUGUGGAGAUGCAGGCUGAGGAGGAGUGGAGUCAUUCCCAGCAUGAUGAGAACAUCUGGUUGCUCCUCAGCGAGGCAAGAGAGAAUGAAGCGGCCUUGCAGUGGAGGAGAUGGUCCAGAAUGCUGCCUUCAACCAGUCAUUCCUGGGUGUGCUGGGGCAGCUGGUGCAGGCAGUGCUGGGUGUACUGGGGCAGCUGGUGCAGGCAGUGCUGGGUGUACUGGGGCAGCUGGUGCAGGCAGUGCUGGGUGUACUGGGGCAGCUGGUGCAGGCAGUGCUGGGUGUACUGGGGCAGCUGGGGCAGGCAGUGCUGGGUGUACUGGGGCAGCUGGUGCAGGCAGUGGGCAGCCAGUGAGUCCACCUCCCAGAGACUUGAGAUUUAGUUGUAUAUAGUUUUACUUUUAGCCCUCCACUGUAGGAGAGGCCCACCACAGUUUGUACUUUGCACAUUGUAAAUAGUUUUGAUUUUGCUGCUGACUAAUAAACUAUUUUGUGACUUA